AUGAAAGAGAAAGAAUUGAAACAGUUCAAGUCUAGACUGGUACAUGAUGACCCCCUUUCCUGUCAGCACGGCCUGGAUGUUGGGCAGCACGCCGCCCUGCGCGAUCGUCACCUUGCCCAGCAGCUUGUUGAGCUCCUCGUCGUUGCGGAUGGCGAGCUGCAGACCCAAAAGAAAGGUGACAAGAAGCGUAGAAAGACUAGGAAAGAGAGCUACUCCAUCUACGUGUACAAGGUGCUCAAGCAGGUGCACCCCGACACGGGCAUCUCCUCCAAGGCCAUGGGCAUCAUGAACUCCUUCGUCAACGACAUCUUCGAGCGCAUCGCCGGCGAGGCCUCGCGCCUGGCGCACUACAACAAGCGCUCCACCAUCACCUCGCGGGAGAUCCAGACGGCCGUGCGGCUGCUGCUGCCUGGCGAGCUGGCCAAGCACGCCGUCUCCGAGGGCACCAAGGCUGUCACCAAGUACACCAGCUCCAAGUAGGGCGUCUCGGACCGUCACUUUCAACCCAAAGGCUCUUUUAAGAGCCACCCAUAUAUUCAGUAAAAGAGUCUGUCACACUAA